AAAAUUUUUAAUUCUUAAGGAAAACAUGUUUUAGUUACAAUUUAAAAAAAAAGUACUAAAGAAAGUUUAUGGAAACGUAACAAACAAAUACUUUGUUUUUAUAUAAUUUAGUAAAUUAUUUAAAUUACCAAUUAUGGAUUUACCUCACACAUAUAAACUACAAUGCCCCAGCAGUAGGCGUGGCUGUCAUUUAAGAAAAUGCAUUUUCACAUCUUAAUGUUAUUGGGAUUAUGGAUAUCGAAUGCAAUUAUUGGUUGCACAGCAAUGCCGCAUCCCAGUACAACAAUAAGAAAUAGUAUAAGUAAACGAAAUCAUAUCAAUGACGAUGAUGAUUAUAAUGAGAAUGUAGCAGUGGCACUGGGAGCACCACUUAUCAUACCUCUUGAGGAGGAAAUACAAUUAGAAGAAAAUAGUGAAUAUACGAUUAAUUGUGAAGAUACCGAGCCCAUCGUUUGGAAAUGGCCGGUGAAUGUUAUAGGACCCGAGGAGAAAUCCUAUAUACCACAAGAUCAAAAGAGACGUUAUGGCAGUAGUUUGAUAUUAAAAGAUGUCAACUAUAUGAAUGUGGGCACUUAUUAUUGUGUCAAGUCAAGUGCCUUAACCAAGAAUUUAGAUACAAUGGAUGACUCGGAAUUAACCGAUUUGGCGAAUAGUAAUUUAGCUUCGCAUAUCUAUAUUUAUGUGAAUGAUCAAGAAAAUUUACUGGCUCCCAUGGCCUAUCCCAUAACCUAUGUCAUACAAUUCCAGGAUGCCGUUAUACCCUGUAAACCCUCUAUGCCAAACUAUGAUGUCAUUUUAACUACACCCAGUGGUUCGACCUAUGCCAGUAAUACCGGUAUACGUUAUAAUCCACGUUUGGGAUUUGUCAUGGAAAUACGAGGUUUUGAAGAUACUGGCACCUAUAUCUGUCGACCGAAGAUACCAGCACCGUCCAACGAGGAGGAACAAACGGAAAUUGAUAUUAUUUUGGGUAACAAAGUCAAAGAUCCUUCAUUCAAUAAAAAUCAAUUGGAUAGACCUGCAACUGCUACAGAUGAUAUGGAGCUAAACUCAUAUAGUGUAGAACCAACCGAAACAACUACUACUACUACUCUUACUAGCCCUAGUAAAUUAACUACGAAAAAAAGUUCAGUAACUAACAAACAAAUGAAUGUCACUAACAGCAUUUCUGUCAAUUUAACUAAACAAAAUUUUACUCAUCUUGUCAAUGAAGUCGUCCCUGCCCCUUCUGCUGUUGAAAAUCGAAAAUAUACAAAUUUCGAAAAUAUAAAUCAUAACAUUAACGAUAGUGAUGUGAUCGUCAUUCAAAUACAUCUGCGCAUUAUUGGUGAUGGGUAUAAUACUAGUAAUAAUGCUAAUCAAACUUACGAUAAUAGUAUUGAGCAUGAUGAUGAUUGGGGUGAUGAUAAUGACGAUGAUAAUGAUGGCGAUAGCGAUGACUCUACAGACAUUAUAGAGGACUUGGUUACCGAAAGUUAUAGACAAAAACGUAAUUUAGAUUUAACCACUAGACCUUCUAUACAAAGGACUUUUAAGGACUCUGACCCUUUAGAUAAUGACUUUAAUUAUGAAAGUUUUGAAUCGAAAUUAUCGCAACAUGUUAGAGAAAUACGUCAAGUUACCACCAGACGUCCGUCUCAUCAUUAUCGUUCGACUACUUAUACCACUCAUGUGGAUAAACCGAAUAUAACAUCGAAUGCCAAACAUCAUGCUCCCGAAGGUGGAACUUUUGAAUUGACUUGUGAUGUUAAAAUUGCCCAUGAUGUCAAGUAUAAAGUGGAAUGGGUUUUACCGGAUGGUGUGCAGCGAGAUGAGACUCGCUUCAUUGAGAAAAGUCUACCCAACGUCAAGGUAACCGAAACCCAUGUCUAUGGUCGUAAUAUUUUAACGGUGAAAAAUGCUAAAAUUUCCGAUUCUGGUCGUUAUACCUGCAAUGUUUCCGAUCAUUCUUCGAAUAAGGCGAAAAGUUCUUAUAACAUGUUGAUUGUACGCAAAGGUGAAAGUUAUAUUAAGAUGCGGGAAUCCAAUGAUUACUAUACGAUCAAUGAAAAGGCUAAUAAGACGGUACAAAUGUCAGUGCGUUAUAGUGGUUAUCCAUGGCCCAAAUUGAAGUGGUACAAUCCCAAUGGUACCGAAAUUUUCAAUAAUCAUAAAUUUGAAAUAACCACCGAUGAUGUGUCCUCAACUUUAAAGAUUUACAAUACACGCUUAUGGGAUACGGGUACUUAUACGGUGGAGGCUACGAAUACGGAUACAACUAUGAAGCGUGAAUUUAAUGUGACCAUAGAAGAUAUACCCAUUGUAAUGAUGGAAGAUGUUUAUGUUCAUGCUGAUGAAAAGGCACAUGUACAGUGUCGUGUCCAAUCGCAUCAAUUAGCUUCAGUAUCAUGGGUAUUUGAACCGUGUAGCAUUGAGCCCAGAUGGCCAUCAUGUUCGAAAGUAGUUAUACAUGACUUUAAUGAUACCUCUUCAGGUAACGGCGCCACUCCUAUAGAGUUUAUUUACGAUUUAUAUUUUGAACCAAAAUCCCCUGGCAUUAUACGUUGUUCGGCUAUGAACAAAAUUGGUAGAGCUGUGGCUAAGAGUCAUGUUUUAAUACGUGACAUUAAUGAUAACAUGACUAUUUAUGGUGUACAGGAUCAUGAUAUUAUAGCUUUGGGUGAUAAGGUCACCAUAACAUGUGCUGCAGUGGCCUAUUUCUUUUCGGGUGAUAUUAAUUGGUAUGAUGACAAGGGCAAUUUAAUCGAGGGCUCUGAGAACAUUAUUAUCAAUAAAUCCUCAACUCCAUAUUCAUAUCAGAAAUCUUUAACAUUUAAAAGCAUUAAGGAUUCGAAUCAGGGUCAAUAUGAGUGUAGAGCAAGAGCUAUAAAUCAUGAAACCACAGAAUCAAGAUUAAUCAAUAUUAUAACACAUGAACCCACUUCACCCCGUAUGGUGAACACUAAUCUGGGUGAUAGCAAUAAAAUUGAAAGAAAACUAGGAGAAUCGGUGGAAUUAAGAUGUGAAUCGGAAGCUAUACCCAAAGCCUCAGUUGUUUGGUAUAAAAAUGAUGAACUAGUUGAAAAUAAUGAUACCGAUAAUGAGGCUGUUCUUUUGAUACCCUAUCUCCGACCAGAGGAUCAAGGCCAUUACAAAUGUGUUGUGGCUAAUAGAUUGGGUUCCAUAGAGGAAACGGUUAAUAUAAAAAUCACCAAUAUACCCGGUCUUACUUUAGGCUGGAUAGCCGGUAUUUUAGCUUUACUUUUGGUUUUAAUCGGUUUGGUUAUCUAUCUUUAUAUACGUGUUAAACGUGAGCGUAAGCUUUUGCGUGAACUAAAGGCAGCCGGUUUAGCUAACUUUGAGGAAGGUGCUGUUGAACACAUUAAUCCUGCCUUAACUCUUGACGAACAAGCUGAUCUGUUGCCCUACGAUCGUGGUUUUGAAUUUCCCCGUGAAAAACUUAAGCUGGGCAAACAAUUGGGUGCUGGUGCUUUUGGUGUUGUGCUUAAAGCUCAUGCUGAGGGCAUUAAGCCGGAAGAGAAAGAAAGUGUAGUGGCUGUGAAGAUGGUUAAACGUCAGGCGAAUAAUGAAGUGAUGCGAGCUUUGGUUUCGGAGUUAAAGAUAAUGGUACAUUUGGGUCAACAUUUGAAUGUGGUCAAUUUGUUGGGAGCGGUUACGAAGAAUAUAGCUAAACGCGAAUUAAUGGUUAUUGUCGAGUACUGUCGCUAUGGCAAUGUCCAGAAUUUCUUAAUGCGUAAUCGUAAACGUUUCAUUAAUCAAAUCAAUCCACAAACGGGUAAAAUUGAUCCCUCCAUAAUGACACAACGGUUUUCCGAUAAUUUUGAAUUAAACCGUGAUGGUCUUAAAUAUGUUAAUCUAUCAUUCUCCAAACAUCAAUAUAUCAAUCAUAUGAAUAAUAUCAACAAUAUGAACAACUAUUAUUCCAUGAACAAUAGAAGCAAUUCGGAUAAUGAUCCCAGAUCGGGUACACGAGCUGGUCGUCCCAAUUCAACGGGUUAUAUAACACAAUCGGAACUGUAUGAGGGCCAAGUGAAUACAUGUGCUACGGAGCAAACUGUUAUGACAACGGUGCCAGAAGGAGUUAAAAGGGUUAAAGAGGAAGCAGAUGAUGACAACAAUAUCAUGUCCAACAACUCUGUGCAACCAGCCUGGCGUUCAAAUUAUAAACCCGACUCUACCGAAGCCAUGACCGUUACCACUACCGACCUUAUAAGCUGGGCCUUCCAGGUGGCCUGUGGCAUGGAAUAUUUAUCAUCUAAGAAAGUAUUACAUGGUGAUUUAGCGGCGAGAAAUAUUUUACUAUGUGAAGAUAACAUUGUGAAAAUUUGCGAUUUUGGUUUGGCACGUUCCAUGUACAAGAGUGAUAAUUACAAGAAACAGGGAGAUGCCCCAUUGCCCAUUAAAUGGUUGGCUUUGGAAUCAUUAAGUGAUCAUAUCUUUAGCACUUAUACAGAUGUUUGGUCUUAUGGUAUUGUGUUGUGGGAAUUAUUCUCUUUGGCUAAGGUGCCUUAUCCUGAGAUUGACGCAAAUCAAAGUUUAUAUUUGAAACUGAAGGAUGGUUAUCGUAUGGAGAAGCCGCCCUAUGCUAAUGAUGAUUUGUAUGAUAUAAUGUUGGAAUGUUGGAGUACAAAUCCGGAAAGAAGACCCUUGUUUAAUGUAUUAAAGGAAAGAUUUGCCUUAAUGUUGGGCGAAGAAGUGACGAAUCACUAUGUGGACUUAAAUGAGCCCUAUUUAAGAGUUAAUACCGAAUAUAUGAAACAUAAUCCCACAGAUUACUUAUCAUUAAUGGGUUCACCCGAUGAAAUGGCACCACCACCGCCCAGAUAUGUUAAUGGUCAUAUACUACCCGAAAUACGCAUAGAUUUGUCUACCGAUGAUUAUCUAACAAUGAGUCCCAAUGGUGACGCUGUCAUAUUCUCACCAACUCGUCCUAAGGACUCACCUAAAACUUUGGAAGAUAAUGAUGAUGAUCAACCACCCAAUAUUUCAGCUACUUCUUUUAAUUUCCCAGAUACAGCAGCCCCCCAACAUUCCCCCACUAUAGUCAAUAAUCUGGAUAGUCCGGUCAAUAAACCGCCACGCAACAAAAAGGAAGGCAUUGAACCUUUGCCCGAGGAAAUACCCAUGCUGCACAAUGCCCAACAUAAUGAGGACAGCCCCGAACAACCAAGAAAAUAUACUCAAAUGUUGCAGCAGACAAGAAAUGCACCCUCACCGCGUCAUCAUGUGGCGGAGACCAAGCUGCAGGGUGAGGGAGGAGAGAAUUAUGUGAAUAUUAAAUCACCGAAAAAGUUUAUCAACAAUAACGGCUCGAAAGCGCCGGAUGCAUUCUCAAAUCCAAGUUAUCAGAUACUCAAGACUGGUAGUAGUGGAGAAACGAAAUAAUACGAGUACGCAGAAUAAAGGAAAGAGAGGGAAGCUUUUCUCUCUUUCCCAUUUGUGCGUAAUGUUUUUAAGUUGUAAUAUACCGAUAUAUUUAUACAAAAAAUUUGUUUUUAGAAUUGAAAUUAAUUAGUAAACAUUACCUAGUGAUGUGUAAAUUAAUGAUAAUUUUAAAUUAAUUAAGCUUUUGUCACUAAAAAAAAGAACGCUUUCACAUGUUUUUUCAACACUUAGCUUAAGAUGGAAAAAAAGAGUUUUUGUUAAUUUUUUUAAAUGCAAAUAGUUUAGGGGAAAAGCUGUUUAAGAAGCUGUCAAUAUUUUGUUUUAAGCUUUUUUUAUAGUAAUUCUUAGAAAUUUAAAGCUUUUUAUGUAAAAUAAAAGCUUUAUAGACUUCAAAGCUUUUUACGAAAAAUAUGCUUAAAAUGCUUUUAAACUUUUUAUGAAAAUAAUUUAAAAGCUUUAAAUUUUUUAUGGAAAAUAUGCUUUAAAAGCAUUUUAUGAAAAAGGGCCAAAAAAAGCUUUUUAUAAAAAAAAAAAACAAAAAAGCUUUUUAUGAACAAAAAUUUUAAAGCUUUUAAUUUUUUAUGAUAAAGAAGCUUUUUAUGAAAAAGAGCCAAAAAAAAGGCUUUUUAUAAAAAAGAAGCGAACAAGUUUUUGCUUUUUAUGAACAAAAUUUUGAAAGCUUUUAAUUUUUUAUGAUAAGAAAGCUAAAAAGCUUUCAUGUUUUUUUUUUAACUAAAAAGUUUAUACGAAAAAGAAGCUUUAAAAUGUUUUUAUAAAUGAAUCUAAAGGAUAAAACAAACUUACAAAGUUUUUUUACGAAAAUAAAGUUUAAACAGCUUUUAAGGAUUUUAAGUUUUUUUCCAAAAAAGUUUAUAAAUAAAUCUAAAAAAUUUAAAUUAAUAAUAAAAUAAACUGACAAAGCUUUUUAUGAAAAUAAAGUUUAAACAGCUUUUAAGGAUUUUAAGAAAAAAAGCUUUCAACAAAAAAUAAGUUAUUAAAGCUUUUUGUGAAAAAAGAGUAUUGAAAUCAUUUUAUGGAAUAAAAGCUUUAAAAGAAGUUGUAUAAGCUUUCAAUGAAAAAGAAGCUUGAGAAGCUUUUUAUGAAAAAUAAUUAGGAUUAAAGGAUUUCAAAGCUUUUAUAAAAAUUCAGUUUAAAACAUUUCAAGGCUUUUAUGAAAAUUGAGUUUUAAAGCUUUUAAAGAAGUUGUAUAAGCUUUCAAUGAAAAAGAAGCUUGAGAAGGUUUUUAUGAAAAAUAAUUAGGAUUAAAGGAUUUCAAAGCUUUUAUGAUAACUAAAUUUAAAAAAUGUCAAGGCUUUUUUGAAAAUUGAGCUUUAAAGCUUUUAAUCAAAAUUAAGAUACAAAUUUUUCAAAGCUUUUAACGAUAAAAAAAGCCUUAAACUUUUAUUUUUGUUACAUUUUAGCAUAUUCACUGUAACUUAUAAUGAAAAGCUUUAUUAAAACUUUGGAAUAUCAAAAGCUUUCUUUUCAUCUUAUUAGACAAACAAGCUUUUCCUACGCUUUCAGUUCUUCAUAUUUCAAAUAAACUAUUUAUUAAAAAAGCUUUUAAUAUAUAAAUCCCAUGAACAUUUUAUGUGUGACAUUUUGUUUUUAUUAAACUUUUUAAAAGUUUUCCAGAAAAACAUUACUCAAAAGCUUUACAUAACUUUUUGCUACUAGAAGUAGAUAUAAUAAAAAUCGUCCGAAAAAGUGCUUUAACAAAGCUUAUUUUUAUAUUAGGCUUUCAACUCAAGAUUUUGAAAAAGCUUUCGUCUUUAUAUAUAUUUUUUUACAAAACUGCCGUCUUCCUACUUCACUUUCUCCAACAAAUCUUCUACCAUCUUUGGCUUAAGUAUCACUCAUAUUAAAGCUUUUCUUUAACAAAAAAGUAAAAGCUUUUUUGUUUUUUUCUGUUGCAUUUAAGUUUGUAUUUUUAAAAUGUUAUUUAUUAAACAAAAAGGUCUUUAAAAUAAUACUAAACGUUAUUAUAUUUGUUAGAGUUUAACUAAAAGUUUUAACUUAAAAGCAGAUAUUCAUAAAUAUAUUUUUGUUUCAAAUCACCAUAAAAGCCUCAUUUUAUUAAUAAAAAAAGAACUAAAAACAAAAAUAUACAUAAAAAUAAAUAAAAUCUAAAUUAUAAUUGUAUUACUUUGUGUGUAAUUUAGUGUAAAGUCUCUAACAAUUUAUUUAGCUUUAAAUAUUUUAUGUACGUAUUUACCAUUAAGUAUUUUUUUUAAUUAAAAAAAAAACAAAUGCAUAUUUAAAAAAAUAUGUACUAUUUUUUAAAAACUUUAUAGAAAAACCUAAUAAAUUUAAUAAAACAAAUGUUAUAGAAUUUUAAAUUUUAAACAGAAAUAUACAUACAAAAAAAAAAUAUACAAAAUAUCGCUUAUAUACACAAAUCUAAAUCAAAUGAAUGAAUAAACAAAACUAAACUAAAUAAAUAUUGUAAAUUUAUAUUUUUUAAAGCUAACUUUUUUGUCCUAUAAGUUUUAUUAUAUUGAUAUAUAAAAAUAUAUUUAAUUGUAAAAUAAACUAAAUUUU